GAGAGAGAGAGAGAGACCAAACAGCAACAGUUCUUGAGAUCUGACUAAGCUGUUUAUGUAUGUAACUAUUCUACACCAACUGGUAGUGAGACAAGUUAAUAGACGAGGAGUAUGUAGGGAGAGGAAUUGCUGGAGAAGGAUCUACCCGACGGGGUAAAGAGAGGAAGACCUAUGAGAAGGAUUACAGAUGUAGUGAGAAAAGACAAAGCUGAUCCGCUGCGGAGACCUGGAACGGGAGCAGCAGAUAGAAGGGACCUGUUAUCGUCCUUGAGUGAUGAGUUGGUAAUGAGUAAGGCGUGAGCUCUAGCAGUGGACACCCGAAGGCAGCAGUGGGUGAAAACAAGCAAAAUAAAGAAAAGUUUGGCUGUGAGAAGGUGCUAAACAGCCAGCCAUAGUGAAGAGGAGGCAGGAAGGCCUCCACCAUCACCACCACAGGGAAGCAUUAUAAGGCAGUGGAGGCCAGCCAGCCCCGCCGCGCUGCAACCCUGAUCUAGUUAAGUAAACACCACACACGUGCACCAUGGGCAAGGACACGCGGGAGGAUGCCCUGGACCAUUGCCUGGCCAUACAGGCGGUGCAGAAAGACUGGGGUCCCAUCGUGCACUACAAGCCCGCGGUGUCCGCCAGCUCCAGGUAAGAUUGCGGGCCUGGUGAGACGUGUAGUACCUGCCCCGCCAAGACUGUGCUUCACUGCCGCUACCCCCUCCAACACCUGGUUCGUAGCCACAGCCUCGGGGCGUUCCAUCAAGGUCUUCAGCACUGCCAGUGGAAAGCUUCUGCAGGAACACUUCCACCAUGACUACAAGGUGGUGGGAGUCCAGAGGGCAUCGGCUAAGAAAGAUGAGUUUGUGUCAUGUGAUGAGGAGGGGACAGUGUGCUUCUGGUCCAUCCAGUCAGAAGAGGCACAGAAAUUCAACCUUGGAACAUCAUCACACCGGCAGGCCAGGGUGGUGUCCUUCACCCUGUUCGGGAAAGACCGGCAGCUGCUCUUGCUGGUGCAAAAUAAGGGUUGCAAGAUUGGCCACCUGCUGUGCUUUGCUGUGCCAUACUCCAGCAAACCACCAACCUUCUUGGCCAAAGAUGUAGAGCUGGGAGUGAACAAGGUGGUGGUGUCUGUCACAGAGCACAUUGCCUUCAUCUCCUGCAAGGGGCUCAUCAUCCUCACAGCAAGCACUAAGUCAAGGAAGAAAAGAGAGCGCAUUAGACACAUGGUUGGGGAGCGGCCCCUGACCUGCCUCGCCUCCCACCCGAGUCAGGACGUCUUAGCCUCCGGGGAUGUGAGUGGCCGCAUUGUCCUCUGGUACAAAUUCACCAGCACUCAGCCCAUCCGCAUGGAGCUGCACUGGCACGAGAUGCCCAUUGCUGACCUGACCUUUUCUGCUUUGGGUAGUGAACUGUACAGCGGUGGGUCAGAAAACGUCCUGGUCAAGUGGCAUCUCAUCUCCCAGAAGCGAUACUUCCUGCCACGCCUCGGCCUGCCCAUCAAGUUCAUUGCCACCGACCGAAAGAAUAACCUUGUCAUCACAGCUCACCUGGACAAUGCUCUGUCUGUCAUCUCUGCAAAGGACUUUAAGAGACAAGGCAUCAUCCAGGGUCUCUCCAUGAACACAGACAGUGGGGAUUCCUUCCCAGCCGGCCUCACCUAUGACCCUCUCACUCGCUCCCUCAUCCUCAAUGGCAGGACAGGUCAUGUGCAGUUCUAUGACCCACACCACAGCCGCCAGCUCCACCAUCUGGACAUAACAAUGAGCAACUACUACAGUCAGGAGCGACACAAGCAGAUCCAGAACACGGAGGUGGAGCACGUGGCCAUAUCCAAAGACGGGCUAAGGCUGGCCACGGCAGAGUUCAGGCAAGACCUCGAGGUGUCUGUUGAAAUACGUCUCAAGUUCUGGCACUUCAAGGAGGAGGACCAGAGCUGGUACCUGAACACCUCAGUGGACCUACCCCACCAGAAGCGAAUCAGUGCCAUCACCUUCCAGCCCACCCCAGCACCGGGACAACUUGCUCCGCUGUUUGUGUCAUGCGGUGGAGAUGGCAAGUUCAAGAUCUGGGAGGAGAAAGAUUCGUCAGAUAUCUAUGGCACCAAGAGUGUGUGGAUGAGCACUGGUGUUGGGUUCUACCGCCAUCUGCCAGCCACCACCAUCAGGAUCUCUCCUGACGGCUCCCUCCUGGCAGCUGGGUUUGAUAACAUCCCUCACCCUCUGGAUCCCUCAGUCAUGUCAGCUCAAGGGCACCCUCUCUCAGCCAUACCUUGCUGAGCCAUUACAACAGGUGGAGUUUGGAAACAGUGAGGGCUGUUGGUCGGUGGUGGUGACACGCACUCACCACUGGGUGUGUGCAUGGGAUCUCUUCACCUGUACAUUAGUGUGGAGGGUCAGUGUGACGACCUCCUGCAUGGCCAUUGACCCUUUGUCCUCCUACAUGGCUGUGUUCUCCGAGGAAGGUUCAGUGUAUGUGUUUGAGCCACAGAGCAGUGAACUGGUAGCUUAUCAGCAGUGCAUUUGUAAGUCCCGCCCCACAUCAGCUGUCUUCGUGCCCCGCAUCAAAGCCUCAGACUCCUGUGCUGUGUGGAAUGAGAAGAGCUCCCUCAUGUAUAUCACUGAGGACCAGACCCUGCAGGCAGUGGAGGUGGUGGCCGACAUUGAAUCAGCCAACGACAAAAUAGCCGGGCGAGUGAAGCAGUUAGUCCACCACUCUGAGGCUGGCGUUGCUCCCACCCCAUUUGCUGCCCUCAUAGCCAAGAGCCGCACCAUCCUCACGCCUGAAGAGAAGGUGGGGCAGGUGGGCACGCCAGCUCAUGGAGUCCAGGUGCAGAAGUCAACAGCUUUUCUUCAGCAGGUGCUGAGUGAGGCUCAUGUCUACCACCUGGAUUCCUUUGCUGCUCUCACCACUGAGUUCUGCAAGAUGGUGAUUCCCGAGGCUGUGACCAGUGAGGAGAAACAGACCCAGAUAGAGAUGGAGACACAGGUGAAAGAAAAGGCAAGCUUGGAUAAAAAGAAGAGAAAAAAGCUGAUGAAGGAGAGGAAGAAUGACCUCAAGAAAGUAGCAGAGAGUGACUUCAGUGACCUCAUGAAAGCACUGGCCUUGUGACCUCGGCAGGUGGGGUCAUGAGGCUCCUCUGUGCUAUUGUUACUUUUAGGGGAGGGAGACAGGGAGAGGAGAGUUGUUCUGUAUAUGAGUCUACCUUUCUAUGUUAUUGUUGUUAGUAAAGACAUAAUCAGAAA